CCUUCUUCGCCCCCACCUUCCUUCCUCCCACCCCUAGGGGGUGACACCAUGGAUGACUCCGAUGUAGAGUCAACGGCCAGCAUCCUGGCCUCAGUCAAGGAGCAGGAGAUCCAGUUCGAGAGAUUAACCCGAGCACUCGAGAAUGAGAGACGCGGAGUCUCCCUGCAACUGCAGCGCGUGAAGCUGGGGCCUGAUGGGAUCGCUCCUACCGUCGCCAACGGCAACGGUACCCUCAGCUGGCGGUGGCAGACCCGAAACGGAAUCGAUCCCUGCGAUGCUGAGAGAGAGUGCUUACUGCCCCUCCCUUUGCGUGUGAACAGAUACGAGGACCACCAGCUCACCCACAGCUCUGCCACGAUGAUGCAGGACCCCAGCCCAUACUUUGAGGAGACGGUGACGGUGGAGGAAGACCCCGAACAUGCGCCGUCCGUCGUCUCCGUGGAAACGGACGAGGACGGUACCACCCGUCGGACGGAGACCACGGUGAAGAAGGUGAUUAAGACGGUCACCACCAGGACUGUCCACGAGAUGCCAGGUGACCCGUUCUCCGGGGACGGCUCCUCGGUGCAAGGUGGCUACACCCAGACCCUGGACAGAAAGUUCCGGAGUAACGGCGAGACGUACUUGGGCCCGCACGGCAGCUCCACCGUGCCGCGCGGCUACUCCUACCAGGAGGUGUACGGGAAACCGCCGGCGCAGCGGGUCCCCUACGCGGACCUGCCCCCUGAAGGCUACAGCAGCCUCUCCCGCGGCGUGCGCAUCGACCAGCGCUACCAGCCUCCCGUCGAGGGCUACCAGCGGGCGCCGGGCCGAAUGGACGUCUACGGGGCCCAGCCCCAGGUGAGGGCGGGCAGCAACUUCAACCUGAACCAGUCGCACCCGGAGAGGUUCCCCUCCGAGCCCUACGGCCUGGAGGAUGACGAGAGGAGCGUGGGUUAUGACGAUGCCCCAGACUAUGGCCUAGCGCACGAUUACCCGACCGCCAAGCGUUCUGCCACGCCAUCCGACCUCCGCAACCGAUACUUCCGCAGCAGGAGCUUUGACGACCCAUUGGCCGACGACAUGCGGUCGGAGCACGACGCCUACUACUGGGCGCCGCUGGCCCAGCAGGAGCGGGCGGGCAGCAUGGCCAGCCUGCACAGUGGCCGGAAGGAGCCGGUGGCCUGGCGCCGGCCGGAGCUGCCCGAGGUCAUCGCCAUGCUCAACUACAAGCUGGACGCGGUCAAGGCCAACGCUGCGGCCUACCUGCAGCACCUCACCUACCGCAACGACAAGCUCAAGACCGAGGUGCGGCGCCUGAAGGGCAUCCCCGUCCUGGUGGAGAUGUUGGACCAUCCCAAGAAGGAGGUCCACCAUGCUGCCUGCGGGGCGCUGAAGAACAUCGCCUACGGCCGCGACGCCGACAACAAGAAGGCCAUCAAGAACUGCGAUGGGGUCCCCUCCCUGGUCCGCCUGCUGAGGAAGGCCCGAGACAUGGACCUCAACGAGGUCAUCACAGGGACCCUGUGGAAUCUCUCCUCCCACGACGCGGUGAAGAUGGAGAUAGUUGACCAUGCCGUCCCUGCCCUGUGCGAUGAGGUCAUUAUUCCACAUUCCGGCUGGGAUCAGGAGCCCAACGAAGAUUCCAAACCCCGGCAUGUGGAGUGGCAGGGAGUGCUCACUAACACCGCUGGCUGUCUCAGGAACGUCAGCUCAGAGAAAAAGGAAGCUCGCCAGAAACUGCGGGAAUGCAGCGGAUUGGUCGAUUCCUUGAUGCACAUCGUCCAAUCAGAGAUAGACCAGAAGGACGUUGACAGCAAGCUGGUGGAGAACUGCGUGUGCCUGCUGCGGAACCUCUCCUUCCAGGUGCACAGGGAGAUCCCGGACGCGGCCCGCUUCCAGGACCCGGUGGGUGGACCCUCGGUGCCCGCGGGAUCUUCCCAGCCCAAGGCCAGCUGCUUCGGCAGCAAGAAGGGGAAAGGCAGGAAAGGUGCUGAUGACCCCACCGCUGAUGUGGACAUUCCCAAGAGGAGCACUCCAGCGAAAGGUUACGAGCUGCUCUACCAGCCGGAGGUAGUCCGUCUGUACCUCUCGCUAAUGAAGGAGUCGAAGAACCCUGCUGUCCUUGAGGCAGUGGCUGGAGCUCUGCAGAAUCUCUGCGCUGGCCGCUGGACGUAUGGCCGCUACAUCCGACUGAUGGUGCGGCAGGAGAAAGGCCUGUCCUGUAUUGCCGAGCGCCUCACGCACGAGAACGACCGCGUGGUCAAGGCCGUGUCCGGAGCGCUUCGGAACCUGUCCCUUGACGCCCGGAACAAGGAACUGAUCGGGAAACAUGCGAUGCCCAAUCUCGUUUUCAACCUGCCGUCCAGCCAGCAGUCCGCUCCUGCUCGGAAUGACGACACCGUUGUGUCGAUACUUCAGACCAUCAACGAGGUGGUCAUUGACAAUGUGGAGGCAGCCAAGAAACUCCGGGAGCUGCAGGGGGUGGAGAAGCUGGUGUUGAUGAACAAGUCGAGCCGUUCCGAGAGGGAGAUCAAGGCCGUGGGGACCGUGCUGCAGACACUGUGGGGGUACAAGGAGCUCCGCAAGCAACUGGAAAAGGACGGCUGGAAAAAGGCUGACUUCCAGGUGACCAGCGCCAACCGUGGAGUGUCGGGAAACGCCUACGACGACAGCACUCUGCCCCUGAUCGAGAAAGACCAGCGAGGAGGAGACAAGAGGGAGAUGAUACCGAUGGACGAUCUCGGACCAGAUGCCUACUCCACAUUGGACCGCAGGGAUCAGAAUCGAACACUGGACCGGACUCUCGAUCGUUCGGGUGACUACUCGGAGCGGGAGCCCCUGAAGGGAGACCCUUACCCCAUCAGUACUAACAUGGGCAGCCGAGGCAGUGUUGGGCUCCUGGAGAGUUACCGGGACUAAGACACUAACAGCGUAUCCCUGCAUGAAUGACUAGACCAUCUCUGAACUGACUGACCUGAUGAAGAUGCCACUGCCCAUUGUGAUGUUUGGUUUUUUUUACAUAUAUAUAUGUAAAAUAUAUAUAUAUAUUGACACUCGGUCGAGUUUGUGGCAACACUGUUAGUGUUUUGAUUACUCUGAAUGCAUCUCAACGUCAAAUGACAGACUGUCUUUCUACUUAACAAAUUAUGUUUCUUUUUUUUAUAUAAGAAAAAAUAUAUAUAUAUAUGUGAACGUUGGGCUUGAUGGAGGGGCGUGUGUUUGGGGCUGAGGGAGGAGGGUUUUCGGGGGGGUGAGUGUUGGACGGAUGAGUGAGGGCCGAAUUUGCUUCCUCCCUAUCGGUCAGGGUCUGGCUGGUUUUUGUUGUCAGGACCCCCCCACCCCCCAACAACGUGCCUCAUUCUGUGGAGAACGUGGGAGGUGACGGCGUGCGGUCUCAUCCUGAGAGGAGAUGCCGUGAGACAUUCUCUCCCCCCCUUCCCCAGCCGGCUGCUUCCAUUCGGGGAGGAGGGCGCGCGACGGUUAAUCCACCCUUCUUUCUGAUUCCUCCCUCCCCCCACCAACCCGACCCCGUCUCUGGUCUGUCGAGGGGUGGGAAAGAGGGUGGUUGAUACGGUCGCAUGUGUCCCUGAGCGAGGGGGAGUCGGGGGGAGAGGAUUCGGAGGUGGAGGUGGUGGGGAUGGAUAGUGAGUCCUAGGCCGCAGGCUUCGGUGUGAGUGUGAGUUGAACAGGCCUGUCUGAGGUGUGCCUCAGUAUCCCUUCUCCCCCAACUCUUUCACUGCAGAAAAAAGACACUAAUUGGUAUGAAAGGAAGCAGCGAGAGAGAGAUGUGGGAGAGGGGGAUCCUGGAGCAGCUUCCUGGGAUUCCUUUGUCCUGACCCUGUCAAAUAUUUCCCUUCCAUUGCCUUUGAGGUGUUCAGGUCGAAGGAAGCCUCCCUCCGGCCUGGAAUGUUGGUGCUGUGCUUGGGCUUGGGCUGUUCGUAUUGGCAGCUGUGGAUGAGACUUUUUAAGAUAGUAUGACUCCUCUUCCCCCAGCUCUCCCUCACCUCCCCCAGCCCUCCCUCUCGCUCCCUCCCUCUCGCUCCCUCCCUCUCGCUCCCUCCCUCUCGCUCCCUCCCUCUCGCUCCCUCACUCUCGCUCCCUCCCACCCUCUGCCUCACUGCUGUGUGUGUGUGUGUGUGUGUAUGUGAGAGAGUGGGCCCGGUGUCUGUGUGUGUGUCUGUGCUCGCUCCUCCCUUAACCACUCGGUGCUUGGUCAACGUUCAUCACAGGCGGGGAUUCGGAAGGGGGUAGGGGGGGAAGAAAAUAACCACUACAGAUCCAGUUUCAUUUUGUAAAUCCGAGACCUGACUACCUUUCGCAAUUUGAUUCUCUCCUUUUUUUAACCUCAAUAAAAAAAAGUAUGUGUUAUUUUUUACGAAGAGACUAAAUAAAGGUUGUAUUCAGGAGGCAGAA